AUGACAAUGAGGCGAAUCCGUGGCGACACAAGAAUGCAUCAUGUGGCAAAUGUUGAAAUUGACUCUCCGUGUGGGUGUCUGUUGGCGUCGGUAUUGCAUCAGUGUCGUUUGAUAAUCGAUGUAGGUACCAUUAACAUAAAGUAUAAGUACACUUUCUACAACCAAACUAUCAUAUCGUCUCCCCUCUUGUCUGCUUGGAUGGCAAACGACUUAACCCCCCAAAUAUCGGCACUCAAACAAUUGUACUCGACACCCAAAUGGCUGGACCUCAACGGUCUCAUACAUUGCGCCGUCUCCCAUCUCUCUCGCUCUCAGCCCCUUAGCUGCAUUGACAUCUCUUUGCUAGGCCGAGGGGCCUACAACACCGUCUACAAGCUUGAACUCAGCGAUGGAACUCGACUCGCCGCCUCUGUGUCGAAAUCUGAAGUCAGGGCCUUCAACCCAUCGGCAAAGCAGUCCGAAAUCGCAACGAUGAAGUUCGUUCGUGAAUCUGGACUGUUUCCAGACGUUCCUGUACCGAAGGUCCACGCAUGGGACACCACGUUCAGUAACCCGGCUGGCGCGCCAUACAUUCUUAUGGAUAUUGUCCCUGGCGUCAACUUAGCCGACGCGAGAGGUCCAGAGCCACGAGGGUUGAAAGGCCUGGACUAUCUGGGGUAUGAGCAGCAGGACAAGGUCGUGAAGGCUCUCGCGAUCUUGCAGGCGUCACUCAGCAGACCUCUGCCCUCUGAGCUCACCAAGAUAGGGAGCAUCGCCCCUGUGGAUGCACAGGGGAAGCCGCAGUAUAGCAUCGGUCCAUUCGUAACAUCUCGAGCGUGUCUCGGUGGCCCCUUCACAUCCAUGCAGGACGUUUGGCGUGCUAAGCUGGAAUACGAAGCCUUGUACACAGUCGAACAAAGGGCCUCGCUUGACAAUUGCUCCCCGCCUGAGCCAGCGUGCACGCCAGAGACGUUUUCCGAACUCUAUCAGGAACUUUCUUCGCUGAUCGAUCACUUCAAAAUACCGGCCAAGUACAGUCGCCCGGUGCUACACCAUCCCGACCUAGCUCUUCGCAACGUGUUGGUCAACCCAGAUACAUUGAAGAUCACAGGCGUUAUUGACUGGGCCGGUGCUCAGAUCCUACCACUCGUACUCACUGCACUGUACCCCGACGACCUGCUCUCUGCCAACGACCACCCAUUCACCCACCCUGAUGUUCCCAAAAAUCCUUAUCCGGACUUUUGGCGCUGUAUUCCUUACGAUUGGACGCACCCCCCUCCUGAGUCUUAUCCAGCUGCUUUUAUUGGGCCAGACAUGCCUGCGGACUUCCGACCACUCGUAGGUGCUUUGGUACGACGGGUGACGUUACGGGCACAAUUUGCGGCGUAUUUCGACGAAGAGAUGACGAGGCGCAAAUACUCUGAUUCGAGCCUUGCGACGCUGUUCUCCGACGCCCAAGAAUAUUUGAAGUUUAACGAGACGUUGUUUCGAGGGUGGCGUGGAUGGAUGGACCUUGAGCGUUGGAUAAAGUCGUCGUAUGAGAAGAUGCAGAUAUCACCCCGCAAGGAGGGGAAUAUAUAG